CAACAGCUGUUGUGCCUUUCUCCUGAUGCUCCAGGUGGAACUGUUUGAAAAGGACAUAACGAACAUAAAGACAGAACUGAACCAUGUCUCUGCUGCUGACAAAUCUCCCAUCAGCCUCUACGAGUACUUCCACAUUUCCCCCAUUAAGCUGCACCUGAGUUUCUCUCUGAGCACAGGCGGAGAGGAUGGCUUGAAGCAGAAGAGAGAUUCGGAACUGAUCCCUGUGCAGUCGCUAAAUCUGUUGCUAAAGAGUAUCGGCGCGACGCUCACUGAUGUGCAGGAUGUUGUCUUCAAGCUGGCCUUUUUUGAAUUGACCUACCAGUUCUACACCACUCAGCAGCUCCAGUGGGAGGUCCUCAGACAUUAUUCUAAGCAGGCUAUUAAGCAGAUGUAUGUGCUGGUGCUGGGUCUCGAUGUUCUUGGAAACCCAUUUGGACUGAUCAGAGGAUUGUCAGAAGGGGUGGAGGCUUUCUUUUAUGAGCCCUAUCAGGGAGCCAUCCAGGGCCCUGAGGAGUUUGUUGAAGGAAUGGCUCUUGGGGUUAAGGCGCUGGUGGGAGGAGCUGUAGGCGGUAUUGCAGGUGCAGCCUCCAGGAUAACAGGUGCCAUGGCAAAGGGUGUCGCAGCGAUGACAAUGGAUGAAGAGUACCAGCAGAAGAGACGAGAAGCUAUGAACAAACAGCCCAGCGGUCUGAGAGAGGGGCUGACCAGGGGUGGAAAAGGACUGGUGUCUGGAUUUGUCAGUGGGAUCACAGGGAUCGUUACCAAACCUAUUAAAGGGGCCCAGAAAGAGGGGGCAGCGGGCUUUUUUAAAGGUGUUGGAAAAGGUUUGGUUGGUGCAGUAGCUCGACCAACAGGAGGCAUUAUUGACAUGGCCAGCAGCACUUUCCAAGGGAUCAAGAG